AUGACUGAAGUAAACUUGGAUUCCAUGUUGACUCCAAGAUAUUUCAUUCCUCAUCAUUGCGUACUAAAACCAGAUAUUACAACUACUAAACUUCGAGUGGUGUUUGACGCAUCAGCCAAAACUACAUCUGGACACUCGUUGAAUGAUUUAAUGUAUAACGGACCGACAGUUCAAAGUGAACUCUUUUCAAUUCUGCUCCGUUUUAGGCGACCACGGUUUGUUUUUACCACAGAUAUCGAGAAAAUGUAUCGUCAAGUUUUGAUAAAUUCUGAAGAUCGACGCUAUCAACUUAUCAUUUGGAGAAGCAGUCCAAAUUCAACGAUUCGUUAUUAUCAGCUAAACACAAUUACAUAUGGGACUCGAGCAGCUCCUUACCUAGCAACAAGAUGUCUGCAAAAGAUAGCAUCAGAAAACAAGGUGAAUUAUCGAUUGGGAGCUCAAAUCCUGUGUGACAAUUUCUACGUUGACGAUGGGCUCGGUGGAUCAGAUAGUUUAAUUACGGCUAUUGAAGCUCAAAGACAACUAAUUCAUAUUUUGAAGAAGCAUCAUUUUUGUCUUCGGAAAUGGAGUGCAAACCAUCCUCAACUUUUGAAAAACAUUUCUCAAGAUGAUCAAGAGGUAAAUCUAGAUUUCGAUAAUAACGAAUCAAUCAAAACGCUGGGAUUAUUUUGGUUGCCCAAGGCGGAUUUAUUUGGGAUUAAGGUCAAAAUGGUUACUGAAGGUAUAAUCACGAAGAGAGUCGUUAGUUCUGAUUUAGCUAGACUGUUCGACCCACUUGGUUUAUUAGCGCCAGUAAUAAUCAAAGCAAAGAUUUUCAUACAACACUUAUGGCAGUUGAAAUUAUCUUGGGAUGAACCACUUCCUACAGAUCUUCGUACAACAUGGUCAACAUUUAGAGAAAACUUAAGUACUCUUGAAAAUCUUCAGGUGGCAAGACAUAUCUUCAGAGGCGAAGUUCCAUCAUCAACACAGCUACAUAUUUUUGCUGACGCAUCUGAAAAGGCAUUUGGUGCUGCAGCAUAUGUCAGAGCAAUUUUAAGGAAUGGUAGAAUAAUAGUGCGACUAUUAUGUGCAAAGUCAAGAGUAGCACCACUCAAAAUACAAACGCUACCGCGACUAGAGCUAUGUGUGGCAGUCUUAGCAGCGGAACUCUCAGCAAGAGGGAAAAGCGAUCUUCAAGAGAAGGACCAGCCGGUAUUUUUGUGGACUGAUUCAGAAAUUGUGUUGUCUUGGAUCAACUCACAGUCCUCAUCAUUUCAAACAUUUGUAGCUAACAGGGUGGCAAGAACUCAAACUUCAACUCUGUGUCCGCAGUGGCGACAUGUUAGGUCAAAGGACAACCCAGCUGAUGUGUUAUCCAGAGGACUUUCAGCAAGGGCGUUGUCAACAUGUGCACUUUGGUUUCAAGGACCGUUCUUUUUGCAUGGAAGGCAGGAAGUAUGGCCACCAAGGUUUUCAUCAUCAUUACAAGUUCCAGUCGAUCUGGAGAAGAAGAAGGUUGUAGCUGUAGCAACUCAAAGCAAUGACGCAGAUUUCAUAUGGAGGAUUCAGCACAAGAAUUUAUUUAAGACGUUACAAAAGAUAGUAGCAUAUGUUCUUAGAUUCACUAACAACGCAAGAAAAUCAAAGGAGUCACGUGCCACACAUAUAGUACUUAGUGCCAACGAAUUGGAUGCAGCAUUAAUAACUAUAAUAUGUCACAGUCAAGGUACUGAUUUUGACCAAGAAAUCAAACAACUGAAAAAACAAGGUCAUGUUGAUAAAUCUAGUUCAAUCAGUAGUUUAUCUCCAUUCAUUGAUAAUGCAAAUGUUCUUAGAGUAGGAGGACGCUUCGAAGCCUCAUCAUUACCAUACGAUUCUAAACACCCAAUGCUGAUCCCAUACAAUGAUCCAUUGGCAAAAUUAUUAUUCGUGAUGUUCCAUGAAGAAAACAAACACUGUGGCCCGCAUGCACUAUUGAGUACAGUCCGACAAUUAUGCCAACAAAUUAUGGGGGAUCUACCAGAAUCAAGAUUAACUCCUGCAAGACCUUUCAUUAAUGCUGGUGUAGAUUAUUGCGGAUCAUUUUGGAUCCACUACAAGGUGAGAGGCAAAAAGCCAACAAAGGCAUAUAUUGCUGUCUUUUGUUGCUUUUCUACAAAGGCGGUACAUCUGGAAUUAGUGACCGACUUAUCAACAAAUGCUUUCAUUGGAGCAUUAGAACGAUUUAUAAGCGCCAAAAACCAGUUAGCAGAAUUAGAAGAAAGCAUUUAUUCUAAUGAAGGACAAGAAGCAAUAAUCUCUGCCUGCAGAACCACAGGAAUAAAUUUUCAUUUUAUUGCACCAAGGGCUCCACACUUUGGCGGUUUAUGGGAAGCAUCCGUAAAGUCCGCAAAAUAUUUGUUACUACGCAGCGUUUCAACAGCAUCAUUGACGUAUGAAGAACUCGAAACAGUAGUGGUGGAAAUUGAAGCGAUAUUAAAUUCACGACCAUUGACUCCAAUGUCCAAUGAUCCAACUGAUUUGACAGCAUUAACUCCAGGACACUUAUUAAUUGGUUAA